AAAAUGAAUGCAAGAAAAACAAGUAGCAAGGUGGGUAUUUUUGUUAAAGUUUUAACCAUAAUGAAGUUAGAGUGACUGUACGUAGCUGUGUGACUUUAAAUAUAUAAUACAAGAAGCACAAUAACCUUUUCUUCACCCUUUAAAAGACAUUUUAUUGGAAUUCAGAUCUGUAAAACUCAAUUUCUAUUCCAGGCUGCAUAAUCGUUAUCGUUUUCCUCAGUGUUGUUGCUAUGAUUGUUAUGCACAACAUAUUUUUAACAACAUUUUGGAGCAGAAGGUACGGCAAGUGAUGAGAAGUCGCCAAACAUAAAUACAGGCCAUCCCAAAAUUCACAAUAUAUUUUCUUUUCUUCCUUCAUUUUGUAUUUCAUUCAGAGCGAAUGUUACCUACAAUUACACAAUAAGAUGUACAUAUCUGGAAAUUGUUUGAUUUCUAUGAAUGAUGGGUUUGGUGAAAAAGAAAAUUGCAAUUUUGGUAAGGAUAUUUAAGACAGAAUACAGAGAACAAAUACAUUUUGCAAGAAACAAAGUUUGAAGUGUGCGGGUCAACAUAAUGAAAUGUUUAAUGCACGGACACAUUGUGCAGGGUGCCAAAUCCUUAUUGAGUCACUAGAAUUUGAGGCGUUGAUGCAGGACGUGUUGAAAUCUGUCGCGUCUUCCUUGGGCCCAUCCCCUUUAACGUGACACCCUCCUCCCCUUUAAAUCAUAACUUUGCAGUUUCAGUUGAGUACACCCCCCCCCCCCCCCCCCAUCGCCCGCGCUGCUCAUGCGCACAACGUCCUCACUGCACCGUGUGCGCAGCACCAUCCGCCCCUCACCUUUAUUUAUUUUGUCCCCCUCCCGUUCCGCUUUCCGUGCGGAGGAAUCACCAUGACGCGCGGCGUGCUCGUCGCCGCGCUGUGGUCGCUGCUGUCCGGCUUCUGCACGCCCUCCCUGGGCUACUUCGCCGAGGAGCGCUGGAGCCCCGAGUCUCCUCUCCUGGCUCCCCGGGUCGUCCUCGCCCUCAUCUGCCGCAACUCUGAGCACUCGCUGCCCUACGUGCUGGGAGCCGUGGAGCGGCUCGACUACCCCAAGGAGCGCAUCGCCGUGUGGGUGGCGACUGAUCACAACGAGGACAACACCACGGCCGUCCUUCGCGAUUGGCUCGUCAGUGUGCAGAAUCUUUACCAUUAUGUGGAGUGGAGGCCCAAAGAGGAGCCCAGGCACUACGAGGACGAAGAGGGUCCCAAGGAAUGGCCGGACCCUCGUUACGAGCACGUCAUGAAGCUGCGGCAAGUUGCGCUGGAGUCGGCCCGCGAGAUGUGGGCCGACUACUUCAUGUUGAUGGACUGCGACAACGUGCUCACCAACCCGAACGUCCUCUGGAGUCUCAUGAGCGAGAACAAGACGGUCAUCGCGCCCAUGCUGGAUUCCCGUGCGGCCUAUUCCAACUUUUGGUGCGGAAUGACCAGCCAGGGCUACUACAAGCGCACGCCGGCCUACAUGCCGGUGAGGAAGCGCGUGCGGAAGGGCUGCUUUGCCGUGCCAAUGGUGCACUCGACCUUCCUGAUCGACCUCCGGAAGGAGGCGUCCAGGCAGCUGGCCUUCCACCCGCCGCACCCGGAGUACAACUGGCCCUUCGACGACAUCAUCGUGUUUGCCUACUCCGCUCGCGUCGCAGACGUGCAGAUGUUCGUGUGCAACCGAGAGACGUACGGCUACGUCCCCGUGCCGCUGCGGGCUCACAACACGUUGCAAGACGAGGUCGAGAGCUUCGCGCAUUGCCUGCUGGAGGUUAACGUACGACAUCCCCCGGUGCUGCCGUCCAAUAAGAUUCCCGCUCCCUCCAAGCAACCGGACAAAAUGGGCUUCGAUGAGGUUUUCAUGAUCAACCUCCGGAGGCGCAGCGACCGCAGGGAGCGCAUGCUGAGAGCGCUCCACGAGCAGGAGAUUGACUGCAAGAUCACUGAGGCGGUCGACGGAAAGGCGUUGAACAGCAGCGAUGUUCAGGCUAUGGGCAUCCACAUGCUCCCCGGGUACAGCGACCCGUACCACGGCCGCCCGCUGACCAAAGGAGAGCUGGGAUGCUUCCUGUCGCACUACAACAUCUGGAAGGAGAUCGUAGAGCGCGGCCUGCUGACCUCACUGGUGAUCGAAGACGACCUGCGCUUCGAGAUCUUCUUCAAGCGCCGUCUCAUGUACCUGAUGAGCGAGAUCGAGGACGAAGGGCUCGACUGGGAUCUCAUCUACAUCGGCCGCAAGCGGAUGCAAGUGGACCACUCGGAGAAAGCCGUGCCCAACGUCCAUAACCUGGUGGAGGCCGACUAUUCCUACUGGACUCUGGGUUACGUGAUAUCUUUGGAAGGCGCCGAGAAGCUGUUACGGGCCGAGCCUUUAAAGAGGGUGCUGCCGGUCGACGAGUUUCUACCCAUCAUGUACAAUAAACACCCAGUGUCCAAUUACAUGGAGCAGUUCGAGACCCGCGACCUGAAGGCCUUCUCGGCCGAGCCCCUCCUGGUGUACCCCACCCACUACACGGGAGACUCUGGCUACAUCAGCGACACGGAGACGUCCACCGUGUGGGACGACGACAAGAUCCUGACGGACUGGGACCGAGGACGCUCGGGCAAAACUCACGAGCAGGCCCGGCUCAGCGCCGAGGCCCAGAACUCGGACGUGCUGCAGUCGCCGUGGGACAGCGCGGCGCGGGACGAGCUAUGA